GACCACGCUUUCGAUGCAAAAGUAAUUGCUUCGUACUUUGCUUUGCAUCUAGAAGGGUCGUGCGUCCGUCGAAAUAGCAGCGUUGAAGCGACAUUUGAAGAAUCUCAAAAAUCUUGUUACUUAAGGGUACUUGGUUAUUUCUCUUUGUCUAUUAUCUUUAUCAAUUUUUAAGGUUUGCAUACACAAACACAAGCACAACAAAAUGGAUGCCGCUAGUAACGGUUAUCGGGUGUAUCGAUCCGGACAGAACAUAAUCUAUGCGGGGAAGAUGUGCAAGGAAGGUGCAGCAGAAUUCCAGAAGCAUGCCUACGAAGCGGUCGCAGAACGCGAGAAAGAGGCAAAGAAACCCACUGCAGCAAGCGCUUCUUUGACUAAGAAAGCUCCCGCUGCCGCUGCAACCAGUGCCAAUGAAAAAAGUGGUCCAGCAGCACCUGCUUCACCCAAAGCUGGAGGUCCACCGACAACCUCCGGUACAGGCACCAGCGUGGCGGAAAAAACAGCAUCAUCAGUUAAAAAGACAGACAACGGAGUCGCGACGUCUGUCUCGAAUGAUGCGAGUAUGAGCGGAGGCGGGCGCGGGGGCUAUGUUCAUGUAGACGGAGGUGCUACCGUGUCAGAGGGUCUACCGUCCAAGGCACCUUGCACAGCGCAGGAAGCUUGCAUUAUGGGAAGGCAUGAGUUUUUAAUUCUUUUGAAGAUAUACUCAUGACCAUGAGGAUGCUGUACCCUUGUGUUGCUGGUUUGCCGUGACGAGAAACACACGCCCGGUGUUGAACAAAAGAUACUAAAGUAUUUUUUUUCAUCUUCUUCUCAUCAGCAGCACGUCUAAGAAAAGCCCACCUGUGCCCGCCUCUGCUGCACCACCAGACACGGGCACAGCGCCUUCUUGCGAAGCACAGAUUAUUAAAGCCGCUGCUCUCGAUCCGAAAAAACGUCGUCCACCGCUGCGAUUUCAUUUUUCGAGUCAGGGUGGUGAUCUAGCGGCGGGCUUUGCCAUGAUGGAUACUAUCCGCGAAAUCGAUGCAUCAGGACAUGGAACAGAAUGCAUUUCCAAUUAUGUUGACGGGACAAUAAUGUCGUCAUCAAGAAUUUAAGUUGUUGAUAUUCGAAAAUGAAAAACAUACUGUCGUCACCCAUGUUGUGACAGCUAUUUCCCUCUUCCUGCUAAUCAGAAGGUUUCGUUGGCUCUGCGGCGACAUUUCCGGCUUUUGCUUGCAAGAAACGAAUCGCGUCAAGCAGCUGUCUCUUCUUUUAUGAGACAGAGAGCACAGUCUUAUACUCAAAACAAAAUUCACUAGAUGUUGUACUAUACUACUUAGUGCGUAGCCUCGUCACUCAAAAAUUUCAGGAUAUUUAUUUACACAAAGCUGCAGCGAGAUACGACUACUACUGACUCGCUUGCAACCCAUAGCCACCUACGUCCUUAACCUAGAGAUGAAGAGUAUGACUAAGAUCAAGCCUGCAUGUCUUACUCACAUGACUUCUUCCAUCCCUCUCUAAGCUAAGCUGCAUCCGCCUUCGAAGAGCGGCGUGCAUGGGCAGACUGAGGAAAUGCGCAUUCAUGCUGACAAUCUGGACCUCUACCACAAAACGAGUGUUGCAGCAUACACAAAAUUGACGUCUAUUCUUAUGACGAAGGAUUUUAGUAGCUUAAGGUGUGACUCAUGUGAGGAACGAGGACUAGGGAUUGACAUUCCUGCUCCACCUCCAUUACCGCGCCUACUUAUUUCGUACAUAGAUGCUUCUAGGUCCAUCAUGAUUAUGUGUGAUGUAUGUAAGAAAGUAGUAAGUUCUUAUUUAUUUCAUCUUGUACUUUACAACAUGACCGUACUGGUGGAUCUAAGAAACCGUCAGCCCUGACGCGGAUCGUGCAGACCUUCGCGAACAAUCGCUACUCGACCGCAGACGAAAUGACCUCAAUGGGCCUACUGGACCAAGUCAUACCGUGAGAUUUCUUCGUAAACAAGAUGAAAAGAGAAUGAUUUAUUGUACGUGUUGUAUUUUUUGAAAAACUAAACAAAGUAGAUGCAGUUCGUGUGACUUGACUUUUUUUUAACUCCGUGAAUAGAAUACUUGAAAGGCAAUGCGCCCGCUCCAAUGAGCGUCAGGACAAACAGAUGGAGAUAGCAAAGGUCUGGCACCACCGUUUUUCCUGUGUAGAUUUUGGAUGCUAGCGUCAGCAGCACCAGAUAGCGCAGGGAUACGAAGUCAGUAGCUGUGGCAGAGCAAC